AUGUCGGGCAGGAACUCCUUCAAGCCAGAUGAGGCGCAGGCUGUGCCUCCACGACCUCAUAUCCAGUCGACGACAUCUGCUCCCACGCCCUCCGUAUCGACUGCCGAUCAGCAAGAACCCCAUAACAAAAAGAAGCGCCCUGGACGCAAGAAGAAGCGGAGCCGCAGGAAGUCCUUUGCUGUGUUGCCAGAGGAGUCGCAGGAUGAAGAGCCCACGGGUGACACAGAGUCUCCGCGCCCUGACUUCUACCUUCAGGGGACGAAUGCUAGCAGCACAAGUAUGGACAGUGAAGAACUGCUGGAUCACAGAGACCAGCAACCCCUUCGACCCCGAAGGGCUUCCACUGCAGCCCUGCCCAACUCCUUUCAGCCUCAACUCUCAAGUCGGUCCCGAGUUGCUCAAGAUCAUGACGAUAAUAGCGAUGGAGAGGCUGCAGAGGCAUUGGAUGAAUAUGCCCCAUUGCUUUCCCGAUCACCCAACCGGACUGCUACGGCGCCGAUGUCAAGUUCGUUGAAAGCCGACAUGCGCAUAGGUGGCAAACCUCGUGCAAGCCGACGACCAUCUAGCAAGUCCACGGCGACGCGAACAUUGGGUCUUGAUGUCAAUUACCCUCCCUCAGUUCCAGGGUCGCCUCGGAUGGACGCCUCCAAUGGCUUAGAUUUCACCUUGGGCGAUGUCAUGAUUCGGGACGAUUUGGAAUCGCAACUAGGCGACUUGACACAUGAGGGCUACCAUUCCGAUGGUGUCCUUUCCGGCACCGACGCUCAUAUGACGGCCUCGUCUCCUGCACUCUCUCGCCGCAAGACAAUCGCCCUGGAGGCCGAGGCGGAUGUCUGUUUCCCGACAGAGGAACCGGAACUGACUGACGAACCCCUUGUCGAGACUGCCCGGCGUCGGCCAAGACGUCGACGCGGCGUCUGGCCCGACUUGUCGAUCCUCGACGAGUGGAGCCGUAUGGAGCAAGGUCGGAACGAGGGGCGGAAGGUCAAGCGAAUCACCGAGCCGCAGCUUGUCAAUGGGCGACUGCGGAAUGUCCACCGCGGUUGGAUGCGGACAGAAGAAGAUGUCCCUUACCGGUUCACCUACUUCAACGAGGAGUUUCAGAGCACGGUUCACAGCCAGACCAUCUCCGAACUUGUUCAGGCCGGCGGAAGCUUCCAAGAAUUGUUCGUACCGGAACCCCGCGUUCUUUCGGAUACUAGCAGCGAGGAAGAUAGCGGUGACGAGGAGCCGUCUCCCGAGGGGUCAACUAUGCAUCAGCCAUCGAUGGGUGGAACGAGUCGUGGGGAAGCAUCAGCCAUGUCGACGCGCCAGGGCUCUACGGCAAAUACGCAGACCACAGACAGCUCGGGGCCUCAUGAAGCGCAGCCUAGCUAUCCAAGGGACUCGAAGCGGAGUUCUCUAGGGGCAUCAGGCGCGCCGACGCCAGCGGGAGCCAAGUCGCCAUCACGCAGGACGUCCCCAACGGGAGAGCCGAAGAGAAAGGCUCCCAGAUACGGCGACCGGCCGGUCUGGUGGCUGGAUGUGCUGUGCCCCACGGAAGCCGAAAUGAAAGUGCUCUCCAAGGCUUUUGGUAUUCACCCUCUGUCUGCAGAGGAUAUCAUGGUUCAGGAGGCGCGCGAGAAGGUGGAGCUCUUCCGGCACUACUACUUUGUCAACUACCGAUCUUUCAAUCAGAACCCGAACAGCGAGGACUACCUGGAGCCGGUCAACAUGUAUGUGAUCGUCUUCCGCGAGGGCGUCUUGAGCUUCCACUUUUCCAUGACGCCUCACCCUGCCAACGUCCGCCGCCGCAUUCGGCAGCUCAAGGACUUUGUCAUCGUCAACUCGGACUGGAUCUCGUACGCCAUCAUCGACGACAUCACGGACGUGUUUGGGCCCCUAAUCCAAAAUAUAGAGGAUGAGGUAGACGACAUUGAUGACGCCAUCCUCCAACUCCACACCUCAAGUGACGAGCGGAUCAAAGAUGGCCUACCGUACAGCGAGAAGCGGGUCGAGGAUGGAGUGACGGGAGAAUCGGGCGGCGACAUGUUGCGGCGCGUGGGCGACUGCCGCAAGCGCGUCAUGAGUCUCUACCGGCUGCUAGGGAACAAGGCGGACGUCAUUAAGGGGUUCGCCAAGCGCUGCAACGAGCGCUGGGAGGUCACCCCUCGGUCGGAUAUUGGUCUGUACCUUGGAGACAUUCAAGACCACAUUGUGACUAUGACCUCCAACCUGAGUCACUACGAGAAGAUUUUGGCUCGCUCUCACGCAAACUACCUGGCUCAGAUCAAUAUCCGCAUGAACGAGCGAUCCGAGCAAACAGCCGAUGUCCUCGGUAAACUUACCGUCCUCGGCACUAUCGUCCUGCCGAUGAACAUCAUCACCGGUCUAUGGGGCAUGAACGUUUACGUUCCCGGCCAAGAAUACGAAACGCUCACCUGGUUUUGGUGUCUCACCGCCGGGCUGCUACUUUUUGGCCUGACGUGCUACUUGAUCGCCAAGAGUGUGUACAAGAUUGUGUAG